AAUAGAUCAAUUUAUCUAUAGCUAAACGCUCCCAAAGUCACCGCUGUACUCGCGCGGCUGAUAAUAUUCAGCUUGAAAAUUUGACCGAGACCGUGAGCGCAGGCAUAUAUUUAUCGGUACAAAACGUUGCACGCUAUCCUACGGGUGCCUAACAACAUGUCUACUACUGUCGUCUCAACUGUGAUUUUGUUUUUUAUUAUCGGUGCGUAUAGUGUAAAUAGUUAUGAGAUUCUGGCGGUAUUUCCGCAUCCCGGAAAGAGUCACGUGGACGUGUUUUUGCCUAUUACCAAGGCCCUUGCCAGAAAGGGCCACAAGGUGACAGUGAUCGGUCAUUACCCUGUGUCUCCUCCAAUGCCAAACUACAAGGAUAUUAAUUUGAACGACGAGUCUAAGCAGUUUGUGGAAGCUAUAGAUGUUGAACAAAUAGACCCGUCUAGCAAGUUGACCCGGUACAUGAUGGCGCAAUUUCUGGAGUACAUGGCAAAAAUCGCCUGCGAUGAUGUAAUGCAGUCGAAAAACUUUAUGCGGUUCAUGAAGGAGCGUCAUCGAUAUCAUUUUGAUUUGAUGAUCAUCGAAAUGUUCAACACCGACUGCCUUAUGGGUCUAGCAGACAUAUUCAACGUCCCGGUCAUUGGUCUGAGUUCUUGCACCCUGAUGCCCUGGGCUUCGGAUCGUUUCGCCAACCCCAUUCACACUGGAUACAUACCCAACAAUCUGCUUCCUCAUUCGGAUAGGAUGAACUUUCUAGAACGUGUGGAGAACACUGUCGUCACCACUCUGCACCGCUUCUUUUACCGAUAUGUGAUGAACGCUAAUGACGAGAAUAUAGCCAGAAAGUACUUAGGUGAAGAAGCCGCCAACAUGGACAGUGCUAUCAACAGGUCUAGCUUGUUGCUGGUGAACACACACUUUUCAUUGAAUCUGCCUAGACCUUUCGUGCCGAACGUCAUCGAAAUUGGUGGGGUGCAUGUUGGGGAGCCCAAACCUUUACCUCAGAAUCUGCAAAAGUGGAUAAACGAAUCAACACACGGCGUCAUAUAUAUGAGCCUGGGGUCUUUGUUGAGAGGCCACACCUUGCCGAAAGACAAAAGAGAAGCAAUUCAAAAGGCUUUUAGUCGAUUGCCGCAAAGGAUCAUAUGGAAAUGGGAAAACGACACCAUGGAGGGACAACCGAAAAAUGCCAUGUUACUCAAGUGGGCACCUCAGUUUGAUAUUCUUAGUCAUCCGAAUGUGAAGGCUUUCAUUUCACACGGAGGUCUACUAGGAACUAUCGAAGGCGUGCACUCGGGUACGCCCAUCGUAGUCAUUCCCCAGUUCGGAGACCAACACACCAACGCCAAGGCCAUACAAGCUUCUGGAGGUGGAGUUAUCUUGAACUACAGGGACAUCACGGAGCAGACUAUUUAUGAAGCACUGAAAACAGUUUUGGACGAAACAUUCCAACAGCAAGCGAAAGAGCUGUCAGCGCGUUACAGAGAUCGUCCACUAUCGCCGCUGGACACCGCGAUAUACUGGAUCGAGUACGUGGCUCGCCACAAGGGGGCGCCACAUAUGCGGACGGCGGCGGUCGAUAUGCCGUGGUAUCAGUAUUACCUCCUAGAUGUCAUCGCUUUUCUUAUUGCUGCUGUUAGUCUACCCGUGCUGCUGAUCUGCUGGUUGAUCAGGAGAUCAUCACGAAAGAGUGAUAAAGAGGUUAAGAUUAAGCGGAGUUGACGGUAUGGAACAGUAGGGUAACGAAUUAUGUUUGAUCAAUUGUAUAUAGUGGUUAGGUUCAAUAAAUUUGUUGAUUUUGA